UCAUAUUCGUUCAAGGCUGACAAGUUCAGAAGGUCCGCCAAAUUCAAUCAAAACCUUCAAUUAAUCAUCGAAAAAUGUUAAGUGAUCGUCGCGAGACGUUCUCCAAGUACAACACACUCGCGUGUCUCGCAACUGCACUCAAAGGUCGCAACAUUUUAAUUGAUCUCCGUAACGAAACAAGUGUCGCGGGACACAUUGACGAUGUCGACGGUUACAUGAACAUUUUCCUCUCAAAUGCGAUUUUCAUCGAUCAACGACUCGAAUAUCACGAAAUGGAGACGUUUCAGGUGUACGCGAGGAUGAUUCGUCAAAUUCACUUACCCAAAGAUCUCAAAAUUCUCCCAACGAUCAAAGCGCAGUUAGAAGGCCUUGUCACGGAAAAGAAGAAGCCGAGACGUACGAAAAAAUCCGCAAAAGUACGACGCGCUGAGAAACAACACAAAGCAACAGUAGCGGAAAUGGCGAGCAGUUCAUCACAAAAUUAGAAUUUAUGAUUUUUUUAAGAAAUUUAUUUUUUUUAGACUAUCACCUCAGGUUUAAUUUCACAUUUUGAAAUUUUAAGAGUUAACAUUAUUGUCGCAUUUGAGCAAUAAAAUUUAAAAUAAAUAACGAAAAUAUAAAAAAUUUUGCUAUAAAGGUCCCUUGAACCGCAUUAACGAGUAAAGCUGAUAUAAAAAUCAAAAAUAUUUUCAAUUUUUUAAGGAA